UGUACAACCUAUUCAAACAUGUGGAGCAUCUGAAAUUUGCACUGGUGGCGGACACAACACUAGACAGUUAAGUUAUUAAGAGUGGAAAACAUGGCUGGCAUGCCUUUGGUCAUCGGCAAAGAAGACGUUGAACGACUCCUUCUUUACAAAGAUUUGCUUCCCAGGCUGGAGGUGGCAAUGGGACAGUUUUCCAAACACGACACGUCCGAGAUUAUCCAACCUGUUCGCACGGUGGUCCCGAUCACGAAAUACCAUGGAUUCCUGGGGUUGAUGCCAGCUUAUAUCGUUCAUGAAGAUAUUUUGUGCACAAAAAUGGUGGCUUUCUACGCCAGAGAACAGGGUUCUACUUUGCCAGCCACUCAGGCAACAGUGUUGCUAUUUGAUCCAGAAAGAGGAUGUGCGUUAGCGGUCCUGGAUGGGGAAGUUAUCACUGAAAUGAGAACAGCUGCAAUAUCUGCAAUUUCUGCCAAAUUUCUCAUGCCGGCCAAAGCAGAGAUACUGUGCAUACUGGGAACUGGCGUUCAAGCAGUCAGCCACUACCAAGUCUUCACACAGACAUUUGCUUUUAAAGAGGUGCGGGUUUGGGCACCAACAAGGAAGGAGAGUGCAGAGCGCUUUGCAAAAAAGGUCCGAGGUCCGGUGACCGUCUGCUCCUCUGCCAAAGAGGCAGUGGAAGGAGCGGAUGUCAUUGUCACCGUCACGAGGGCCACCAAGCCUGUGCUCUUUGGGGAAUGGGUCAAACCUGGUGCCCAUGUUGCUGCCGUGGGAGCCUGCAGGCCAGACUGGAGGGAGCUGGACGACGUGCUGAUGGGACAGGCGGUGGUGUACGCCGACAGCAGAGAGGGGGCGCUCAAGGAGUCUGGAGACGUACUGCUAUCUGGGGCCAAUGUUUUUGCUGAGAUUGGGGAGGUCAUCAAUGGAACUGCGCCAGCGCACCGUGAGAAGACCACAGUGUUCAAGUCUCUGGGCAUGGGGAUUCAGGACGCAGUGUCUGCCAAGCUGGUCUACGAUCAGUGGAAGAGUCAGGUGCCUUCAGACGUCAGGGGAAAACUUUAACAAAGACAGUCUGAUCUGGUGACUUUUGGGCCUUCAUAUUGUUUCAUGGCAGGAUUACGUUUUGACCAUUGUCCUCUUCAAAGAAUCUGAACAAUGGUCGAAACGUUAUGCUACCAUGGAGUGUGUGGGCUCAUCACAUUCAAUUUAAAAAAAAAGAUUUUGCCAUU